AUGCCUCUAAUCCAGCAGGCUGGUCUUCCGCAUUCGACGCCACAGAUGGCAUCUAUUUAUCCCUCCUAUCAGAAUUCCCAGCGGCGCAAAAUACGGAGGUCGUUCAACCCUGAAUUUUCCAAACGCUAUGGCCGAGCUACCUUUCCACCAGAGAAACUCGUCAAGUACAGUCCGAGAUGGGGCUACGCUAGACUUUUCAACUUCCCUUAUCCUGGUUCUUCGUUUCGUCCACGGAUGAAUACAAUUGUUGUUCAAGUCCAUGGUGUUGCAAUUCCUAACAGCAGGACUGAUCCUACUGGUCGAGCUGGGGCAGGAAUCUACUUCGGUCGAGACGACUGUCCUCACAACAUGAACUUCGCUCUUCAGCCUUAUAUGGUGCAGACAGCUAACAGAGCUAUUCUCGAGGCUGUUCGUACCGCCCUCAGCGAGCUCAUUUCGAUGCGUCACACAAAGCUUGAUCCUAGGUGGAAAGAGGUUCUGAUCAUGACCAACAACGAUUAUGUGAAACAAAGCCUUGACAAAUGGGUAUGGGAGUGGGAGCACAAUGGUUGGCAACGUAUGGGCAGACUCGACAACAUCAAGAAUUUGGAGACCAUGAAGGAAGUACACAAUCUGCUAACCUACAUCGAAACCAUGUUAAACAUGGCCGUUCGCUUCUGGAAGGUCGAUCGCAAGGAUAUCUUUGGUGCUGAUCGUUUGGCAACCCAGGCUCUCUCCUUGUUGCCUUGA